AUGGUGGUAACUCUAGUGAAGGGCUCCUGGCUGCAUCACUUCGUGGCAGAUGGCGUUGUUUAUGGUUUCAAUACUGUAGGAAACAUUAUGCAAGAAAUGGGGUAUUUUAGCACCUCUGAUGAUAACCCGAUCAAUGUCUCCACUUCAGUAAGAAACAGCACUUGCAAUUCAGCUCCUGCUUCAAAACUAAUCAUUGCUCUUCCUUUAUUCUUGUCAUUUAUAAUUGGCACCAUCUUCAACAGCCUCUAUCUGUAAGUACUAAAAUUCAAAAUGAAAAAGGCCAGUACUCUCCUAUUUUUUUCUCAUCUCAUUCUUCCUCAUUUUAUUUGAGUAUUGAUCCUGCUAUUUAUGACCACAUCUUAUCUCCAGGAAACUCACUGGCGCUCUGGAACUAUUUUGUGCAGGGCCUUCAUGGCACUUGUAGGGAUAUUUGCCUCUGUUUUCUUCGUCUCGGCCACCAGUCUUGAUCAGUAUCUUCUCACUCCUCACCCAGUACAGUCCCAGCAGCGAAGAACCCUAGGCUUGGCUUCCAGCACUGUCGUGGGCCUCUGGAUUUCUGCCACCACACCCAGCACACCCUAUUUGGCUUCCCAGGAGACACAUCAUGACCAUAAAGAAAGGGUGACCUGCUGGAAUGACUCUGCUGUGUCGGCUAACUAGGACAGAAAAGAGAUGCAAAAGUAAAGGCAAUGGAUUCUUGUAGCCUAUUUCCUCAGCUGUUUCCUGCUAGGCUUUCUUCUGCCCUUUCUUAUCAUCAUUGUCUGUUGCAAAGCAGUAGCCAGUAAGAUGAAAGAGAAGGCCCUGCAUAAAUCCAGCAAACCCUUCCAAGACAUGAUGAUUGCCGUUAACUCUUUCUUUAUGUGCUGGAUGCCUUACAAUGUACACCAGGGCUUGAUUCUCUGGAGGAACCAUUUGUACUUUUAUAUGGUCAACUGACUACAUAAUACCUACAAUGUUGACUGUGUCUUUCAAUAUUGUCUUUCUCCCACACGCUACCUAUUUCUUGGGUAGAAUUUCAAAAAGUUUCAAAAGUCCAUUCUUGUUCUGCUUAAAUCGACAUUCAGUGGAUUCUCCACAGAAAAGACACAAAACCUAAAUUCAGAAGCCAAAAUUUAA